GCGUGCGCGCCGGCGGCGGGUGUAGGGCGGUGUCGCUCGCACUACAGUUCGGCCCGGCCCGACUCGGCUUCCGCGGCAUGUGCUAGUGAGGAGCGGACAGCCCAGAGCAGACCGCACGCCAUGGCGGUCGUCCGACUGCGCUCCGCAGUGCUGGGAGUGUCCGCGCUGCUCGCUCUGCUCUGCUCGACCGGUGUUGCCGAGCCGCAGCGGCAGGACUACUCGCCUCUAUCGGUGACGGACGGCAGGAGCGGCAGCUACGACUACGGCUUCUACGCCUCUCGGGAGGACGGCGGUGACGGCGAGCCUCGGCCGCGAGACGCCACGCAAAAGUGCGGCUCCGGCGGCUGCGGCGCCGGCGGCUGCAAAUGUGUCGGAGAAAAGGGCAGCCGGGGAGCGCCGGGUGCGCAGGGGCCCAGCGGGGCCAAGGGUAUGCAGGGUUUCCCUGGCAUGGAGGGCCUGCCGGGACCAAAGGGCUCCAAGGGUGACAUCGGCGUCCAGGGCCCGCGAGGUCUGAUCGGUGCCCGGGGUAAAAUGGGUCUGCCGGGCUUCCCCGGCAUAAACGGCAUCCCGGGCCUGCCGGGGCCGGCCGGGCCGCGAGGGUUCCCAGGCGUGGACGGCUGCAAUGGAACGGACGGACCUCCAGGAGUGCCCGGAACGCCCGGACCCAUUGGACCGCCCGGCUUCCCCGGAAUUCCGGGCAGCAAAGGUCAGAAGGGCGAGCGGGCGCGCCAGGCGAUCGUCUCGCAGGGCCAGAAGGGCGAGCCGGGCCGUGACGGAGGCCGCGGCGUGCCCGGACCGCCCGGAGCGCCCGGAGAACCCGGAGACAAGGGGAUCCGGGGACCGCCCGGCCCGGAGGGUCUGCCAGGACGUGACGGAGCGCUCGGACAAAAGGGAGAGAUGGGAGUCGGCAUCAUUGGCGCGCGAGGUCAGAAGGGCGAUCCGGGCCCGCCCGGUCCCCCCAGCCGGGGGCCCUCCGUGCAGCCGCUGGGCCGCAACUGCUCCACAGAGGUGGUGCGGGGCCCGCCGGGCCUCCCCGGGCCCGAGGGUGAGCGCGGCAUGCCGGGCCCUCCCGGACCUCAGGGUCGGGACGGCGCUCCCGGCCCCCAGGGCCUGCUGGGAAUGGAGGGAGAGAAGGGCCUUCCCGGCCCGCCAGGACCGCGCGGCAAGGAGGGUCUGUCUGGGCCCCCUGGACCGAUCGGCUUCAAGGGUGACCAAGGAGAGCCGGGUCUGGACGGUCUGGACGGCCGGCCCGGAGCCAAGGGCGAGCCGGGACCGGACGGCCGGGACGGUCUGCGCGGUCUGGAUGGUCCGAAAGGACAGCCCGGAGGAGGGCCCGGAGGAGAGCAGGGCGAGAAGGGAGAGCGAGGCUUCCCCGGCCGGCCCGGACCCAAAGGCACUGACGGCUUUCCGGGCACGCCCGGACCCCGCGGUCCGAUCGGUCCCCCGGGCAGUAUCGGCCUGCCCGGCCUGCCCGGGCCCGAGGGACCUCCCGGAAUCAAGGGCGACAAGGGCGAUGCGGGCCUGGACGGCGCUGAGGGCCCCGUCGGCCCUCCUGGACAUGUUGGACAGAGGGGGCCGCCCGGGCGACCCGGAGUGCCCGGACCCAAAGGAGCCUCCAUUGCGGGAAUUCCCGGUGAGGACGGCCGGCCCGGCCUGGACGGUAUCCCGGGACUGAAGGGUGAGCGCGGCUACACCGGGCCUCCCGGAGCUCCCGGUAACACCACAGACGGAAUUCCGGGCCGGCCCGGAGUGCCCGGAGGCCCCGGGGAGCCCGGCAGGGACGGCCAGCCCGGCCAGCCCGGACUUCCCGGCCUGCCCGGCCUGAAGGGCGACUCGGGCGGCCAGUGCGACCAGUGUCUCGAGUGUCCGGUCGGUGAGAAGGGAGAGCAGGGCCGCGACGGUCUGCCGGGCCUGGCGGGUCUGCGGGGUCCGGUGGGCCCUCCCGGCCGGCCCGGACCGCCCGGCGAGGACGGCCUGCCCGGCGCCAGCGGCGCCCCGGGACCGGAGGGCAAAUCAGGCGAGCCCGGUCUGCCCGGCCUGCCGGGAGAAAAGGGUCGCGACGCGUUCGUUCCGGCCGCGUUGCUUGUCGGCCCCAAGGGUGACAAGGGCGAUUACGGCCUGCCCGGACUGCCGGGCGCCACCGGCCGACCCGGAGAGAGCGGGCAGCCCGGCCAGCCGGGCCUGCCCGGAACUCCCGGCACCAAGGGUGACAAGGGCGCGCGCGGCUUCCCGGGCUCGCCGGGCCUGGACGGCGCGCCCGGCCUGGACGGUCUGGACGGCCUGGCCAUCAAGGGAGAACCGGGAAGACAGGGAGACGACGGCAUUACUGGCGCCAAGGGAGAUCGCGGCUUCAAGGGAGAGAAGGGAGAACCAGGUCGGCUGGACUCUUCCGCGCCGCUGAUCAAGGGUCGUGCUGGUGAGAAGGGAGACCCCGGCCUGACUGGUCCGGACGGACCGAGGGGCGUCCGUGGCGACAAGGGCGACCAGGGCCUUUCCGGCCGGGACGGUGUGCCUGGCCCGCCGGGUCCACCCGGACCGCGCGGGCCGCGCGGCCUUCCCGGCAGGCGCGGCGAAAAGGGCGACCUGGGCCUGCAGGGUCGCGAUGGCGGCCGCGGUCUGGACGGCCUGCCGGGCCGGCAGGGCGCCGACGGUCAGCCCGGCGAGAAGGGAGAUGCCGGUCUGCCGACGCCCGGUCCGGAUGGCCUGCCCGGCCUACCCGGCAUGAAGGGAGAGGAGGGCCAGCCCGGCCCCGUCGGCCAGGACGGCUUCCCCGGAGAGGCCGGCCUACCCGGCUUCCCCGGAAUGAAGGGCGAGUCGGGAGCUCCAGGCCUGGACGGGCUGCCUGGCCUGCCCGGAGAGAAGGGAAACCUAGGACCGGCCGGUCGGGACGGAGCGCCGGGACUUCGUGGCGAGCCAGGACGAGACGGCAUCAAGGGAGAGCCUGGCGAGCGGGGCCGUGACGGUAAUCCGGGCCUACCCGGUUUCCAAGGACCAAAGGGUAACGCUGGGCUGCCCGGCAUGCCCGGCAUGAAGGGCGAUGCCGGCCGCGACGGCCUGGACGGGCCGCAGGGUCCUCCUGGACAGGACGGCCUGCCGGGCCUGGACGGAUUCAAGGGCGAGCCGGGCCUGCCGGGGCCGGUCGGACCGCGCGGCCAGCCCGGCCUGCCCGGCAUGGACGGCCUGCCCGGUCAGAAGGGCGACGAGGGCCAGCCCGGCCUGCUCGGCCCACCCGGACUGCGAGGCUUCCCCGGCGAGAAAGGCUCCAUCGGCCUGCCCGGCUUCCCCGGACAGAAGGGCGAGGCCGGCAGCGCCUCGGAGAAGGGCGAGCAGGGCGAUCCGGGCCUGCCCGGAGCGCGCGGCCCUCCCGGCCUGGACGGCCUGCCCGGCAGCCCCGGCGUCAAGGGACAAAAGGGUGACACCGGCUUUGGCCAGCCCGGCUUCCCCGGACUGAAGGGAGACCGCGGGCCGGACGGAACGCCCGCUCGCGACGGACUGCCCGGACAAAAGGGAGAGACGGGUCUGCCGGGCUUCCCCGGGAUGAAGGGAGAUCGGGGUGUGCCGGGUCAGCCGGGCACUCCGGGUCUGCCUGGUCUGGACGGUAACCCGGGCGCCAAGGGAGAGGUCGGCCCGCAGGGUCUGCCUGGCCGCGCCGGACCCGAGGGUCAGAAGGGCGACGCCGGAUUCCCCGGCCUGGACGGCGCAAAGGGAGAGCCCGGCCGGGAGGGUGCGGCUGGCCCACCCGGCUUCCCCGGCCAGACCGGACCGAAAGGCGACGCCGGCCUGCCGGGCUCCCCCGGCCUUCCCGGCCCCGAGGGUGACCGGGGCGACAUCGGGCCGCAGGGAGACGAGGGCCGGCCCGGCUUCCCCGGACCGCCCGGACUGCCCGGACCGGAGGGCGCCAAGGGAGACCGCGGCUCGCCGGGCUUCCCGGGCCUGGCCGGACUGGAUGGUGCCCCCGGCGCCAAGGGCGACCGAGGCCCGGCCGGUCCCGAGGGCUCGCCCGGCUUCGGCAUCAAGGGAGAAAAGGGUCUGCCGGGCAUGCCGGGCAAGAACGGUCGGCCCGGCGCUCCUGGCGCCACCGGCGAGAAGGGAGACCGCGGCAGCGUCGGUCUGCCGGGCCCUGACGGCCUGCCGGGCCCGCUCGGACCGCCCGGACGGACCGGGCCGAAGGGAGACAGUGGUCUGCCAGGGUUCCCGGGCCAGGACGGAGAGGACGGCCGGCCGGGGGAUCCCGGCCUGCCCGGACAGCCGGGCCUGUCGGGACUGAAGGGCGACCGUGGCCUGCCCGGAGUGCCCGGAUCGCCCGGAAUGAAGGGAGAGGAGGGACGGCCAGGUAUCGCUGGUCAGGACGGUCUGCCCGGUCUGCCGGGAGCCAAGGGUGACGCCGGCCGGCCGGGACAGCCCGGCCCGGAGGGCUUGCGUGGGCUGCCGGGCACGGACGGCCCGCCGGGACCGCGCGGCCCCGUCGGACCGGCCGGCCUGCCCGGGCAGAAGGGUGAGGCGGCUCGCAGCGGUCUUCCCGGAGAGAAGGGUGACCAGGGCCCGCCCGGCCUGCCGGGCAGGGCUGGUGUGCCCGGCCCGCCGGGCCUGGACGGGCCGGCCGGCCGGCCGGGACCCAAGGGCGACAUGGGACUACCGGGCCAGGACGGCCUGCCCGGUCUGCCCGGACAGGACGGCCAGAAGGGCGAGCCGGGCGUAGACGGACUCCGCGGACCGCCGGGUCCCCCAGGUUUUGAUGGCGAGAAGGGUGAGCCGGGCCUGGAGUGUACGGACACCCCGGACUACCUGACGGGUAUCCUGCUGGUGCGCCACAGUCAGACCCAGCAGGUGCCGCGCUGCGAGCCCGGCCAUAUCCGAUUGUGGGAGGGCUACUCGCUGCUCUACAUCGAGGGCAACCAGAAGGCCCACCACCAGGACCUCGGAUUCGCCGGCUCCUGCGUGAAGCGGUUCAGCACCAUGCCGUUUAUGUUCUGCGACCUCAACAACGUGUGCAACUACGCCAGUCGCAACGACAAGUCCUACUGGCUGUCGACCAACGCGCCCAUCCCUAUGAUGCCCGUGGCCGACACGGCCAUUCGCCAGUACAUCUCCAGGUGUGUGGUCUGUGAAGCUCCGUCGAACGUGAUAGCCAUUCACAGCCAGUCGCUCAACAUUCCGGAGUGUCCACUAGGCUGGGAGGGCCUCUGGAUUGGAUACUCGUUUGCCAUGCACACGGCCGCCGGAGCAGAGGGCGGCGGCCAGUCCCUCUCUUCACCCGGCUCGUGUCUCGAGGACUUCCGCGCCACUCCGUUCAUCGAGUGCAGCGGCGCGCGCGGCACGUGCCACUACUUUGCCAACAAGUUCUCCUUCUGGCUGGCCACCAUCGACGACGACAACCAGUUCGAGAAGCCGCGCAGCACCACGCUCAAGGCGGGCAACUUGCGCUCGCGCGUGUCCCGCUGUCAAGUGUGUAUCCGCGGACCGUGAGCGCGCGCAGCGCCCUGUGAUAGCGCGCUGCCGCCGCCGCCGCCGAACUCAGCCGCCGCCGGGGCCCGCCGCCGGGGCGCGGCGAGACGCCCGACUGGGCCGGUCGGCCCGCCCGCCGUGACUUCUCUAGUCGCCACUCAAUGCUAACUCACUGCCAGUCGCCGGUCUGCGGCCGCCGGAGGCCGCCCUCCGCCCCCGGCCAGUCCGCACGUCCCCUCCGGAGCCGUGCGGCGCGGCCGGCGGCGUCCGGAGCGCGGUCUUCUGACGAGCUAGCCUGAGCACUUGCAGUGGCCAGUGGUGUGAUUUCGAUACAGAAAGUGACGCAUUGCGAGCUUAUGGGUCGGUCGUUUGUGCGCUCUAAGAAUGCGGCUGACGGCUCCCUGUUGACGUGAAGGUUGCUGGGCUUCAGAGAUGGGAGAGCGACGCUGACAGAAUAUCUUGACGUGCUUCAGUUUCGAUCAUCGUACGAUCAAACAGGCGAUUGUUGGCGAUCUUGGCGCAGUGUUUUGGGAUGGUCACGUGAUGGAGUCGGCUCUGUACCGGAUUUCCCGACAGUGCUCACAGUUCAGUGCCAGGGUUAUUCUACUUGCCUCCGAUGUCAUGGCUUGCAAUCGAGAUAGGCUGACAAAUGAUGCACGUUUUAUAAGCAGUGAUACUAAACACCGCAUAUUUCCAUGAUAAAUAAAAAUAGAAUAGUCAGCUUCGCUAAGCAUGUUCGCGAAUCGAUCGUGGAUUCGUUACGAGCCGUGGGUGUGUGACGAGUGGUGACAUUAAAACGAAAAUCAUUAUGAUCAUUCGUGUAUUCUGUAUUCAUCUUGCAAAACGAAUUGAAUCGGUACACUUAACAUCGGUCUAAUAAAAAAUUCGCAGGUAAUA